AUGUCAUUCUCUCAAGUGUCCCUGGCACUCACGAUACUUGUGUCGACCGUGGGCACCUACAUUGCUUGCUCACCCCCUAACCCGAACCCCCAAGGAGGUCCGGAGUCCGAGUCGUCGCCGUCGCAUGAUUUGCUCAGCACCCUGAACCUCACCAAGCGGCACACGAACAAGUUCACCAUUGGGCCCAUGUGCAUCCUCGCCGUUCAUGCCUUACUCCUGGCCUUUUACUACCCGGACCUGCCGCCCGCCCUCCUCGGCCACGGCGACGCCAACGGCCUCAACCGGGAUCUCAUUACAUGGUCGCCGGCAACGGCGAUCCCGCUGGCCUUGAUCCUGUGCGUGGGCAUCCCGCUGCGGCUCGUCUCGUACGCCUCGCUGGGCAGGAACUUCACCUUUGCCCUGGCGCGCCCGGACCGGCUGACGACGACGGGGAUCCACGCCCACCUGCAGCACCCGAGCUACACGGGCGUCAUUGUGCUCGUCGUGUGCAACCUGGCCCUGCUCGCGCGCGCCGACGGCGUCGCCUGCUGCUGGUUCCCCCCCGCAUGGCACGCGGCGCUGCGCAGCCCUGGAGCCGGGGAGCCCACGGCCGUGGUCCUGGGUCUGUCCCUGCUGGCGGGCGUCGUGUGGACGCGGGUCCGGCAGGAGGAGCAAAUGUUGAAGGCGCAGUUUGGUGCCGAGUGGGAGAGGUGGCAUGCGCAGACGUCAAGAUUUAUCCCGGGGGUAUUUUAG